AGCAAGUGUGAUUGAUUCAACAUCACCGAUACAGUCGACGGCAUCAAUGUCGCCGGUUCCAUCCACUUCGCAUGGCAUCGAAGAAAAUAACGAUGAUUAUCGUUUUGAAGCAAGUAGACGUUGGAGUUUUCGAAGUUGGCCUAAAUCUUUCAUUGACCCUGUCAGUCUUGCAGCUGCAGGAUUCUAUUAUACGGGUGAAAUAGAUAGAGUGAAAUGCUUUGAAUGUGAAUUGGUGGUAAAUGACUGGACAGACGGUGAUAUUCCAAUGCAGAUUCAUGAGAUGCGUUCUCCAGAGUGCAGAUUUAUCCGCAGUGAACAUUGUGAUAAUGUACCAAUUGGAGUAGAUCCUGAUAAAGUUCUACGGACAGAACGAAGAAAUAGAAAUAUAACUUGUCGUUAUGGUUUACAAUAUCAUGAGUCAUUUGAUUUUAAUGACCAUCAAUUUUUACGACAUUUAAGGUACCCAACGGCAUAUGAACUUAGCCGUUUGGGACUACAAUAUGUUAAGAAAGCUAAAAAUUUGAAAUAUGUUACUUACGAAUCCAGACUAAAUUCAUUCGAAUCAUGGCCUACAUAUAUGAAACAGACAAGUGAAGAAUUAGCCGAUGCAGGCUUCUACUACACCGGAGUACAUGAUUUCACUACCUGUUUCCAUUGUGGAAAUACUAAAGCUGGUUGGAGAGAUGAAGUUCCAUGGGAAGAGCAUGCAAUUUUGUCUCCCAGAUGUUGUUAUUUAUUAAUAGUACGGGGCUGGGAAUAUGUUAAUAAAAUAGCAGGCGAGAAGAUAUAUGAAACUUGUGCAGAAGUAAGUACAAAAAAUUAAACCCUGAACCAUAUGUAUAAUUAAUAAUUCAGAUAUAUACUUAUUGUUACGUCGCGUAACCCUCUACCUAGCCCAGGCCACACACCGCGGGCAAGAUGGCAACCAGAUCUCUUCGGAUACUCACUACGUACCCUCAAUAGUCUCAAGUACCUUCCUUAAAUCUCAGGAAUUUCCUAGUCGAGGUCCUUUAAACCAAACAAACGUCUGUUUCCGAAGCAUUUCUAAAGACCAUUGUCUACCACGGCUUGACAAGGGAAAGUUAGUUUUUCUCACACAUGAUGCAACUUUCCUCCCGCGAACCACUUUCUCUCGAGGGCAGUUAAGACCCUUCGUUUAACCAAUUAACAACGAAGCCUAUUUCCCUCACUCUCUUAACUAAAAUCGUCACCAACAAAUCCGAUGGUCCCGUGCACUAGACACACCCAUAUUUAGCUUUCCUUCGCCACAGCAUCGUCUCCGAACAUCUCUGAUUUUACAUCUUUCGAACGGUCAACAUCCUUUAACCGGGUAUACACACCCGUAGAUCAGUCACUCACUCAUCUCGUACAUACGCACCAGCGUAACUGUCUUCGUUAUAAGUUGUUGGAAUAAACGGUGAAAUGUAACUUACUAUGCUGUCAUAUGCAUUUAACCACCUCUGUUAUCUUAACCGAAACAGGGGAACGACUACUUCGCGGCGUCGAUUAACCGAAUCGUAGCGAGAAUUUACGCCUCUCGCUGACGCGUUUUCCUCGCGACCGCGUCUCUCCGCGAACGGUUGUAACACUUAUGUACAUUAUAAUUAUUUCAGGCACCGAUAGAAAUUGCAGAUGAGAAUCCGGAGAGAUCCAAUAGUGAAAAUGAUAGCAAUGAAAUGACCCUCCGAGAGAAACUUGGUAAGUAAUUAAAAUAAAAACAUAGAUUGAUCACAAAUUCGUCAAUUUGUAUGAAAUCCGUAUACAUAUAAUCAAUUUUAUUAUGUAUUAUAUUUAAAUAUACUGUUUACUAUUUUAGCUUCCCUGGAGAAACAAAAUCAGGCAUUGAAAGAUGCUCGUUCGUGUAAAGUUUGCACGGAACGGGAAUCGACGAUUAGUUUUUUACCUUGUGGGCAUUUAGCAACUUGCCAGUAUUGUUCACUUGCUUUCAAAAAAUGCAUAAUUUGCGGAAAUAAUAUUAAAGCCAUUAGACGUAUAUUUUUGGCAUAAUGCAUGCACAUGUGUAAAUUAGCUUAUUCAUAUCUCUCGAAUAAAUUAUCUUUAUAAUUUUUUAAAAAUGACAUACACACAUUAACAUGUUUGGUAUAAUGUAUCGUUAAACUAAAUGUAUAUGUCAGGAAAUGAUAAAAUAUUUUAUUUUUAGUACUAUUUCUACAGUAAUUAGUAAACAGAAACAUAAUAUUAAACU